UUCAAUGCAAGGGUAUUAGAUGCACUAGUCAAAGCAACCAAGCUAUCUCUGGAGACCCUGAAAAGGAGACUUUCUGGCACUAUCUCAACAUCAAUAAAUGGGAAUUUUAGUACCAACCAGAAGUCAAAGUCUGAAACUAAGAUGGUCUCGCUUAUAAAAGGUGAAGUCCAGCUGGUUAUACCCAAUGUGGUAUUGAUUCCCACUGAAGAUGAGGUCCAACAGGCCAUAAAUCGACUAGUCGACUUGGUGUUGGAAAUUAGCAAGGGCAUUACAUGGCAGUGGGAGUACAGUCAAAAUGACACAAAGAACAAAAGCGGAGAAAAAGAGAAUUUCUAUCACAAAGUUGUUGAACACAAGGACAUCAAAAAAGCUCUGGUCAUUCUUAAGUGUGAGGUCAGCUCCCAGAGAGGACAAGCAACUGAUGUUCUGAAGCAGUUCAAUCCUUUUAGAGUGAUCUGGGAUGGGGACAGGAACCUCAAAGUCAAGGAAUUCAUGGACAGCAAUCCAUCCUUGAUGCAGAUAGAAUCUGAAAUCGAGAUCUACCACUAA